CAUGAAAUGUUUGGAAAGCUCUCGUGGGGACCCAUAGAAUCCCGUUCACCUGCACUGAACUCCGUCAUAUGGGUCUACUACACUGACUAUAGAAUGCAGUUCCAAGCUGCAGUGUAGAUCCAGCCUGGAAAAAAAAACGCGCUCGGGGCGGAAAGGGAGGGAGGAGGUUUGAUGUUAUUUAGGGGAGCAAACCCUCCCUUUCCGAACCGGGGCGGGGAGGGCGCGCAACUGCGGUCCCGGGAAGCGAUUGGCUGGGCUCCUUGGCGGCUGGGGCCGAGUCCUGCUCCGGGGCUUCUCCUCCGCCUGCCUUACAAAGGCUGCCCCCGACAAAGUUCGCUCCAAGUCUGCCGCUUGGCUCCCGAAGUGAGGCGAGGCUCCAUCCCCGCGCCUCUGACUCGCCCUGCGGCGGCGGCUGUGGCGGGAGUGGCAUCCCAUCGCCGGCGGAGAAGCCAAGGCAAGCCUCCGGAGAUGCCCGCUCCCCCUUGGAGGAGCCUCGCCUUGGCUCUGGUGCUGCUGGCCAGCGGCGGGGUGGCUCCGUCCAGGCAGGUACCUAAACACCAGCGUUUGGAUUAUUUUGUUGAAAAACUGGAUCAGAGUGGAAGUAAUGAUUCGGCUAUCAAUAAAGGAAUGGGACAGGAAGUGCCUGCUCCUCGGCUUGCACCUUCAUCUCAGAGACCACAGUUUUCAAUUCUUUCUCUAAAGCAAAACUGGGAAGAAUACCGGCUUCAGUGUUUUAAGUAUUUUCAUGAAACACCACCUCUUGUGUCAGAGGGCAAAUUCUGCAACAGAACAUUUGAUGAUUAUGUAUGUUGGCCUGAUGGCCUGCCUGGCACCUAUGUGAAUAUGAGUUGCCCUUGGUAUCUCCCAACACCUAGCUCAGGGCAGGUUUACCGCUUCUGUACACUUGAGGGCACAUGGCUGCUAGAGGAGAAUUCAACAAAUCCCUGGCGGAACAUUUCUGCCUGCAUGCUUCCUGAUGAAGAUUCACCAGAAAGACACAUGCUAUUCCUUUCAAUCAUCUACACAACUGGCUAUGCUCUUUCUUUCUCUGCCCUUGUCAUUGCAAGUGGCAUCCUCCUUGGAUUCAGGCAUCUGCAUUGCACCAGGAACUAUAUUCACUUGAACCUUUUCGCCUCCUUUAUCCUACGUGCUGCAUCCAUCUUCAUUAAAGACUCGAUGAUCACUUGGAUGUACAAGACAGCGCCUCGUGAAGAACAGUGGGAAAAUUUAAUCUCUUAUCAGGAAUCUCUCAGCUGCCGCUUGAUCAUUGUGAUGAUGCAGUAUUGUGUGACUGCAAACUACUACUGGCUGUUGGUGGAAGGGAUGUACCUGUAUACAUUACUAGCUCUAUCAGUAUUUUCUGAGCAGAGAAUUUUUCGACUUUACCUUUGCAUUGGCUGGGGUGUGCCAAUGCUGUUUGUUAUCUUCUGGGGAAUUGUCAAGUACCUAUAUGAAGAUGAGGGUUGCUGGAAUAAGAACCUAAACAUGAACUACUGGCUGAUCAUCAGGUUGCCCAUUCUUGUUGCUAUUGGGGUGAAUUUCUUGAUCUUUAUCAGAGUUAUAUGCAUUAUAAUUUCGAAGCUACAAGCCAACCUACUGCGUAAAACUGAUAUAAAAUGCAGGAUUUUCUGUUCUUGGAUUUCUAGAUUGGCCAAAUCUACCUUGACUCUGAUUCCACUGCUGGGGACACAUGAGAUUGUCUUUGCUUUUGUUACUGAUGAACACGCCAAAGGGACACUGCGUUUUGUGAAACUCUUUUUUGAACUUUCCUUCUCUUCCUUCCAGGGUCUUCUGGUUGCCAUACUCUACUGUUUUAACAACAGUGAGGUUCGAACAGAAUUUCAGAAAAGCUGGGAGCGCUGGAGACUAGAACACUUUUAUGACCAAAGAGAUAGCAGUAUGAAGCCACUCAAGUAUCCAGCUAACAGCAUAAGCAGUGGAGGUACAGUUGGGAGCACGGUUUAUGCUGCCACUUGUCAGGCUACAUUCAGCUAAGUUUUUUUUUUUUCAGAGGCAAAUGCAAAAACGUCAGGCCAUCUGACCUGAACUGUAGGAGUUUACAUUGAAUGUCCAGCCAGACUGAUUGUAAUUGGCUCUUGGAAGACUUGAGCCACUAUUAUUCAUUGCGGCAGGCAGCUGGGUAAGAACUUUGAAUAAACCAGUCUGCUAAUAUAGUGCAUUUGAAAGGCUAUUCCCUUCAAAGUGAGUUUAAAGAGGUCUUUCCCCCCAAUUAAUAUCAAAGGCCUCUAGGUAUCCUAAGCACUGCUGAUGCAGUCACAAAGCAUGAGGUUAAUAUGGUAGCUUAUUACUGAUGAUUAAAUUUCAGAAAUAUCGCUAAUUAACUGUGACAAAAAAUACUUCAACUGAAAAAGGCAAAGCUAAUCUCUCUCAUGAUAGUCAUCAUAACCAGUAGCUAACUUUCAAGGCAAUUAUAUGUAUUUAUUUGAUUCUAUUAUUGCAGGAAUCAAGGAAGGCCCCCUCUGCCCCAGGGUCCUUCAUGUUACCAAAAAAAUGCAUUUCCAUUCCAUUUGAACUGGAAUAAGCAUAUCUCCCCUCCCCCCACCCCGCCCCGAGUUCAUUGUUUUAUUUUUGGAAGGUAUUUUCUGAUACACCACAGUGAUGGGCGAACAUACAGCAUAUUUAGGGGGGAAAAUAGGAAAAAGUCUACUCUAUGGGCAUUCUACAGUGUUACUCCCAUCUUCAUUAGUGCAUUUUGUGCACUUCUCUUCAGCAUCAGCACCAAUGCCAUUCACAUUAAAAACACAACUGCAUAUGCCUAGCAAAGACACAAUUUACCUGCAGCACAGCAGUUGUUCCUGCUUGGACAUCUAUUGUGUGGGGACAAGAUAUUAUGUUUGGCAUCAUGAGAUCUAACAUAGUGUGUCUAAGCAGUAAUUCUCAACCUUUGGGCCUCCAGGUGUUUUGGACUUCAGCUCCCACAAUUCCUAACAGCUGGUUAACUGGCUGGGAUUUUUGGGAGUUGAAGUCCAGAAUACCUGGAGGCCCAAAGGUUGCGAACCACUGGCCUAAAGCAUUGCAAACAGAACUUUUUUUUAUCAUCAGGAAGUUCUGAAACUCCUGUGCCCAUCAGAUUAUAUUUAAAGUGUACAAAUGCUGUAAUUUUGAGAAUGAUUUGUUGUCUUUUCUUGCAGGCUCUCAAACAUGUUAAAAACUUCAGUGUUAAAUACUUUUCUCACCUUUAAAAAAUUAAUCUAUGUGCAGUUGGCUCUUCACUUGAUGAAUGCAUGUAUGCUUUUCUGUCAUCAUCAGUAUUUUUUAAAUAAUGGCUUCUGCUUUUGGGUUGUUUUUUUUUACCUUUUUUCUAACCCUUUAUUAUUGCAGAAAACUGCAUAAAUGCUAGUAUGAACCAAAGUAAUUAGUAGCUUAGUAAGUAUUUACAGUGGGCAAUGUAUUAUCAUUUACUACUAUAUAUGACGCAGUACAUUACAUGGAAUAAUUUACUUUUUCUACUUGCGUAAGAUGUAUGGAGACAGACAUAUAAAAGUUAAUUUUCUACGACUACUAUGUAUAUUAAUUUAUGUACACGAAUCUUGAGUUAUACAUUUAGCAUCUGUUUACUGUAUUUCCUCUUUGUAUAUCUUCAAGGUGUCUUGGCAAAACCUUCUCUGAAUAUUUCUUAUCUUAAAAAAACUCUAGGUGUCACCAUAAGUAGACAGGUGACUUGAAGGUGCAUAUACAGAAACUGGAAGCAAAAGCUUUGGCUAAGCAAAUUCAGUAUUUGUAUUUUCAGGAUAUUGAUCAGCUCAGUUUUAUGAUACUUUAAGUUUUUGAUAUCAAGUAAUUAAGUGGACUGUUCAGUUGGAAUGUAUUAAAAUAUAUGUGUUAAUCUAUGAAGAGUGCCAGCCAUUCACAAAAUGUUGAGAUGCAUAUAAAGAAAUUGGUUUCAGAGAUUAAGAUCUUGUCAGUGCCCAUCUUAGAAAAAUAUUACAAAAUAAAGUUGUCCAAACAAAAGUUGAACUAUUGGAAUGUUUACAGUCCACAAAGUCACUUUCACAACAAAAUCUGGCAACAAAUUUGGAAUUCAGUUUGAAGCAACACUAGACGUGGAACCAGAAUCUGACAGGAGCUGCUGCAGAUCCACAAUGUUUUUUUCUGCAUUGUAGAGCAUUUCCUGAACUCUGUUAUGUCUAAGUACUGCAAUGUCAUGAUUAUGACUUGUCAGGAAAAUUGUGCAUACCUUAUGAUCCCAACCACAUCAGGGAAACCUUUUCUAGUAUUGUAAGCCCAAUGAGACAUGUGUGAAGACGUAUGUGCUGUGAUAUGAGGCUAGAUGAUCACAAAGACUAUUCUUAAUGCCUGGUAAGAACUUCCUAAAGACACUUGACUCCCAAAAUGUACUUGAUUGCAGUAGUCUUGCUAACUAAACUGAUGUGAUCUGGAAAGGAAUCAGGUGGUUAAUUUGGGGGGGGGGGGGGUGCGCGAGUAUAUCGCUUGAUUUGUGUGGACACCAUGAAUUUCAUAGGGCUUUUAAGGCAAGAAAUAUUCAGAGAUGGUUUUACCAAUUCCUUCUUCUCUUAGCCAACAAUAUGUAGUAUUCCUUGGCCAACGCUGCUUAGCUUCCAAGAAAAGACAAUAUCUGGUGCCCUUAUGAUGUUUACUAGGCCUAGCACAUAUAAAAUUGGGGACUUUUUUAAAGAUUCCAUUUACCUUCUUUAACACCAUUUAUACUUUGUACUGUAUAGUAUAGUAUGGUCCUCACAGUGAAAAAUAAUUAAUAAAAAUGUAUCUUCAUGAAGAUCUACCAGAAGUAGUAUCUUUUUAAACUUACUGGUUUAGUUGGAGGGUCCAUCUACAUGGGCUGCAUUCUUCAGAACAGAUCCAAAUUGGAGUACUGUGGAUCAGCAGGUGAGUUCCCACAGUUGGCCCAGCUUGGUGGCAAAUGUCCACAUUGUGCACCACCAAGCCACUAACAUAUAGGCCCAUCCGGAUAUAUUACUUGAUAUAGGCUUGUACGUUGUACAUGAAACCUGUGAUAGUUCUGUUUAAUAAGAUAAAUGAAUUACUAUUUAUGAAUUGAAUUUCUAAUUAAGGUGACAAUAUUCCAAAAAUGCAGUUCUAUCCAAGUUCAGGAGUAAGCACCACUGAAUAACUUGGGUUUCCAAGUAAGAAUACAUGGAAUUGUGAUGUCAGUGACAGCUCUUAAACCCAGUGAUGAUCUGACAUGUGCUACUAAACCUAUGCUAUAUAUUCUAUUUAAAUUGCUUUAGGGAAUUUCCCCUUGGACAACAGUAUCUGAGACCCCCGCACAGGAUUGUUAAACCAAUGUGGCCCUUAAUGAUUACUAUUGGUAUUUGGAUGUAUUAACUAUAUAAGAGUAUUUUCAGUUAUAACAUUUCUGAUAAAUGCAAGACAAAAACAGACAAUAAAAGAUUUUUUUUGUAAAAUGUAUAGACUGUUUGCCCUAUGCACACAUGAAGUAAGAAUAAAGGUGCACUCUUAUCAUGCUACUUUACAUGAAAAGUGUGUGGGGAAGACUGGGGGGGGGGGAGCUUUCCCCAUUUAUUUCCUUCCACUUUUUAAGCAAUUGUUCCUUAUCCCACCUCCGGUAUUAGAACAGAACCAGGCAGGAAAUAUUAGACAGGAAUAACCAAUCUGGGAGAAUCACUGUUCAAACUUUUAGAAUUCCCCAGCCAGCAUGGACAACAGUUAUCCUGGAGGGGAUAUUCUCGGAACUAUAGUCCAAAAAAAUAACUUCCCCAAACUAUGAUGUCUUCUACCCCUUAGUCACCUCUACUUUUGGUUCUUGUCUCCAUAACAAUUUCACACUGAGUUCCCUGAGAUCCAUCUUGGAUGAUUAUAGAAACCACACUAGCAGCAGUUGGUUCGGAAAAGCUUUUAGGAGCAGCGGUGUGGAAAAAAAAUCUAAUAUUCAAAGAAGACCCAAAAGGUGCUGUUGGGGACCUUGUGCUGACAGAUAGAGCCUGCAAAUCUACUCAUCUGGAAAAAACACUGUCCAAUUCAUUCCUACUAUGUGAAAAAUUGUUCCUGGACUCAUGCAGCCCUUCCUUUCUAUUGUCCAUUUCUGUUCGGGGGAUGUUUGUCUCUUCUAUUUCUAUUAAUCUCUAUCUGCCAGCUGUUUUUCAUUUGCUGAAUGAAAAUGGCAUGAAACUGAAACAGUGCAUAUACAUAUUCCCAACAGCUUGAUAAAUUCUGGGAGAUAAUAAAAACCACAGAGGGGCAGCCAAGUUCUCUUCUUCUUUAAAUUGGUAAAAAGUAGCAUUGAAAAUAAGGAAACACCUUUAAUAUAUCAGCAGCCUGUUUGUAAUGCUUCUAAGUAAACCAUACAAGUGGAACAUUGUGCAUGAGCCCAUUUUCAAGUUGUCUUUGCUUCAAAGGUUGUAAUUUUCUUUAUUAAUGUUGUUCAUAUGGUGCUCAAAAAUGAAUUGAGCAGCCCAAGGCACCAGCAAUCUGUUAACUCACUGUGAUCUACUUUGGUGUAUAUAGAGGUGAAGGUUGCAUUUGAUAGUUAUGUAGACAAGUUCUGUUACUGUUAUAUUGUUUGUAAACAGCAUCAAGAACCCGCUUGAUUUGCAGAUACACCAAAUCAUCUGUGUAUAUUGAGGAUUACAAGAGAGAGAAUGACUUCUUUCUCUUUACUGCUUUGAAUUAUAUUUUUAAAAUAACUUUUAUUUUAAUAUUGCAUGUACAUAGUUUUCAGAGAAAAUUCUAUACUUAUAAAAAUGAACUGUUCCUUCAUGAUUGAAUGUAUUGAACUUAAUAUUCUUGAAAAACAAAUGUAAUUUGCCAUGUAAAGAUUUGCCAUGACCACUGAUGUGUCUGUGUUCACUGAUGUAUUCAUUGUGCUAUUAUAAAGCUUAUAAAAAUCCUUUCAAAUGAAAUUCUCUCUAUUUUGUCAAAUUUGCAUUCUUUUUAGAAACAAACAGCAAUUACUUUUUUU